AUGAUCGAGAAGGAGAGGGAAAAGAGACCGAUCUGCGACACGUCGGGGAAGAGAUCAGACAUCUGCGAGGUGGAGGGCGAUGUCAGGGUGCAAGCCAACUCCACCAUCUUCUUCCUCCGUUCCGCCACCGCGCCGGGAGGCGGCGCCGCCGCCGUGUGGCUGAUCCGGCCGUACGUGAGGAAGGGGAGCCUCACCCAGUCGGACGUAAAGCAGUGGACGAUCCGGCAACUUGCUGCCGGCGACCCGGCGGCGCCGGCCUGCACGACGACGCACGCGGCCCCCGCCGUCGUCUUCUCCGCCGCCGGCUUCACUGGCAACAUCUUCUACGACCUCACCGACGUGCUCAUCCCGCUCUUCAUAACCUCUUACCAUUUCCACAGCGAGGUUCACCUCCUGGUCUCCGACAACAAGCCAUGGUGGGUGGCGAGGUACCUCCCCCUCCUGAGCCGGCUCUCCAGGUACGAGGUCAUCGACGCUGGCGACAGCAUCGGCGCCGACGAGGUCCGCUGCUUCCCGAAGGUCAUCCUGGGGCCGGUGUUCCGCAGGGAGCUCAGAGUGGACGCCUCCCUCACGCGGUCGGGUUACUCCAUGGCGGACUUCAGGGAGCUUCUGGUGGAGUCCUUCGGGCUGCGCCGGCGGGCGGCGGAGGGGCGGCGCUGCCGCCAGCCGCGGCUGCUGAUUAUAUCGAGAAAGAAGGCGAGGGAGUUCCACAACGAGCGGGGCAUGGCGGAGAUGGCCAGAAGCUUGGGUUUCGAGGUGGUCACCGGAGAUCUAGACGGAAGGAGCGAGCUCGACCUAUUUGCCAGGCUGGUGAACACCGCCGACGUGAUGAUCGCCGCCGGCGAGGCGGAACUGGCCAACAUGGUGUUCCUACCGCCGGCGGCGGUGGUGGUCCAGGUGGCGGCGCCGCCGGGGGGCGUGGACUGGCCGGCGAGGAGCAGCUUCAGGGAGCCGGCAGAGGGGAUGGGGCUCCGGUACCUGGAGUACAGGGUGAAGGAAGACGAGAGCUCCCUCGCGGAGAGCUACCCCGUGCUGAAGGACCCCAUAAAAUCUCUGUACAUUGAUAAUCGGAGCUUGAGGCCUCACCUGAGCAGGCUCAGGCUCACUCUCUUGGAAGCCCUCCAGCUCCUACCCCAACCCGAUUCCCAACCCCCGCCUUAA